ACAGAGCCAGCAGGCGGAGUUCAGGGGCUCGGGGUGUGUGUGUGUGUGUGUGUGUCUGAAGAACACGAGUCUACAGCUGCAUACUGUAUCCAAGUCGAGGAGUAAUGGCAUGAGUAGUGCUUUAUACUGUUUGGACAAGCGUCACAGCGCGCGCGAGGGGAAACUCAACCUUCGAGCCUUUCUGCUCUGGCGUCAGAUACCAAUUAAGCCCCCGGGCACCGAGAGGUGAGGCGGAAGACUGUCGGACGAAUUGUAAACUUAGUCGAGAGGGACUAAAGUCCCCAAACUCACCAGCUGAGGAGGAUUCGAACGAGACGAAUCAUCCUUUCUGACAGGAGAAAAAAAAAACCCAAGAGGAUACGCGGCUGGACAUGUGAAUUUAAAGGAGAUACUUGCCAAGCACAACAAUGAAACCAACGACUGCCCCGCGUUGCUUCGGCUUUCUCCUGACCUGCCUCUUGUUCGGGUCGAGCUCUUCGCAAUCAGUUUGUGCUGGUACCGAAAACAAGCUGAGCACCCUAUCGGACCUUGAGCAGCAGUACCGCACCUUGAGGAAAUACUACGAGAACUGUGAAGUGGUAAUGGGCAACCUUGAGAUCACAAGUAUCGACCGCAGUCGGGACCUCACCUUCCUCAGAUCUAUCCGCGAAGUGACCGGCUACGUGUUGGUGGCACUGAACCAGUUCGACUACCUCCCUUUGGAGAACUUGAGGAUCAUCCGAGGAAACAAGCUCUACGAGGACCGCUACUCCCUCGCGAUCUUCCUGAACUACAGACGCGAUGGAAACUUUGGCCUCCGCCAGCUCGGCCUGAAAAACCUCACAGGUGAGUGCGUUUUCCUUCUGGCUGUUCACAAGUUGUCUCCACUGUGUCCGCGAGUGAAACGAGGACCUUUUGAUUUUGACGACGUGGCCCGUCAGCAAAAGCUCGUUUUUUGUCUGAGAUAG